AUGCGGUUCGACAAACUCACAAUAAAAGAAGUUGUUUUCAUCCUGGCGAAUAUGGGUAAAAGCACGACAGAGCGAGAUCCGUAUGGGACAGUGACAUUAUUUUCCGUGACACUACCAAUUCCUAUUGCUUUUGCGUAUUUGCUAUCCGUGCUGUAUAACGUCACUUUUUUCAUGCAAUUUUUCACUACUCCGUAUCUAUUGAAGUCACUCGGGAUCUCCGACACGGAAAAUGGUUAUGUGCAGACCUUAUUCGGUCUGUUGCAGAUGUGUGGUAGCCCUUUUUUUGGCUACAUUGUACAACGAUUUGGAGUUCGCAUGUCACUGUUCAUCUGCUACGGCUCCACAAUGCUUUCUGGCGUUCUCCUCUUUUUUUCUAAUGAUCUCUCAACGGUAUUUCUGAGCCGAAUUCCGUGUAUUUUUAUGCAUGGGCAACAAGGACAUCAGACUCUACUAUCCGCCUUAACCUCACCUGGAAAAGAGCGAACGAAUGCAUUCGGGAGAAUGGGGUUAACAUUUGGCCUUGGAUUCGUCAUAACACCAAUAUUUUGCAUUAUUUUCACAAAAUUGUUCUCGGAAAGUGCCCCAAUAAUCGCCUCUGCUGUUUUUUGUGUCCUUCCAUUUCUGGUUCUGGAAUGUUGUUUGGAUCGUCGCUCGUACGAAGAACAUCAGUCGGAGGUUGCUAUCGAAUCUGAAACCAACAUGAGCAUAACGAAUGUGGUCCGUAUUCUGAACCGACCGGGAGUGUUGAAUGUUAUGUUCAAGAAAAAUGCUCCAAUUGUGCCAAUGCUUCUUAUAUUCUCUAUCAUGCAUUUGUACCUUUUGGAGGAAUUCAAAUCUGAUGCACAGACAGGCCAGCUAAUUCAAAUGAUGACGGGUAUAUGCAUAAUGUGCAGUAAUGGUUUUGGAGUUAUCUGGAUGAGGAGAAGAUUCUCCGAGCAAACUCUACUCUUCAUAGGAAUGAUAUUCUUUACAAUAUCAUUCGUUAUGUUCUUCUUCUUCUAUCGGCUAUGGAUGAUCAUAAUUAUCAUGCCGUUCAUCUCAUUUGGAAUGAGUCUUGUCGCAACCGUUGCUGACAGUCUUCUCACUGCGCUCGUGGCAGAGAAUGAGCAGGGACUCGUGCUUGGCGUUGCAACCUCUUUUAACUCUUUUUCGCUUGGAUUGAGCGAUGAGAAAAAUGGAUAUUUGCAAACUUUCUUUGCUCUCCUACAACUAUGCGGUGGAAUACUGUUUGGAUUUAUUGUUCAGAAACACGGUAUUCAUUGUUCCCUGAAGGUUUCCUAUGUUUGUACCGCACUCUCUGGAGUGUUACUCUUUUUUUCCCGUGACCUCAAGACCGUGCUACUAAGCAGAAUCCCAUGCAUCCUCAUGCAAGGACAACAAGGUCAUCAAAUCCUUAUUUCGUCACUCACAGUCUCAGGUCAAGAGCGCACAAAUGCUUUCGGUAGGAUGGGUUUUGUACACGGUCUGGCUCUCAUUGUAACGCCAAUCUUCUCGAUUGUCUCUGCUUUUGCAUUCUCGGAAAGUGCACCAUUGAUCACUUCUGCUGCUGUUUCCGUUCUGACGCUAUUUUUUCACGAAAUUCUUCAAGAAAAAAAGUUAUUGGAAGAACGUGAGUGCGUCAUCGACACUGUAUCAAAUACGGGCUUUUCCGACAUCGUGAAGGUUCUCAAGAGGCCGGCAGUUCUAAAUGUUUUGUUCAAGAAAAAUGCUCCAUUGAUCUCAAUGACCCUGCUCUUCUCCAUUUUGCAGGCACUUAUCCGGCUGCGGGUACCUAACGACCGCUCUCCUUUCUCCUCUCCAAUCAUGUGGAUGCGCGCAGCCGGCAGCCAGCCAGGUUACAAUACGAGGACGUUAUACUUGAAGGCACUUCGCGGCAACCGUAACGAUAUGACCGUAACCAACAGUUAUGCUUUUGAUCUCAGGGGAAGCAGAAGGAAAUAUGAUGAAUUAGACGUAUUGAAGAACGACACAGUGAAAAAGGACUAA